CUAAUUCUUUUCCUACUCCUUUCUUCAUUUCCCAUCUCUCUGCCACCGUUCCCCUCUCACCACCGUCGCCCUCCGCCGGCGAAAACACUGCAAUUUCUGUUCUUGGUACAAUAAAGCAAUCUAGGCAUUGUGGUAGUUUUCUUGGCGAAGAACGAAAGGUGGUAGAAGGAGACGAUGGAUGAUAAGCUUAUAAACUCCGUACACUCCACGGUUUUCAAAGACUCGGAUUCCAUCGAAGGGACUUGUACUAGAAUCGAAGGUUAUGAUUUCAACCAGGGUGUAAACUACUCCCUACUUCUCAAUUCCAUGCUCUCCACCGGUUUUCAAGCUUCCAACCUCGGAGAAGCUAUUCAAAUUGUUAACGACAUGUUAGAUUGGAGGCUUUAUGAUGAGACUACAGCUGAGGACAGCAGCGAAGAAGAGAAGGAUCCUGCUUAUAGAGAAUCUGUUAGAUCCAAGGUGUUUUUGGGUUUUACAUCGAAUCUUAUUUCAUCCGGUGUUCGUGAUACUGUUCGAUAUCUUACUGAGCAUCACAUGGUAGAUGUAAUAGUAACUACAACUGGUGGCAUAGAAGAAGAUCUUAUAAAGUGUCUUGCUCCAACAUAUAAGGGUGAUUUUUCGCUACCUGGUGCUCUGUUACGUUCAAGAGGAUUGAACCGCAUUGGUAACUUGUUGGUUCCUAAUGACAAUCACUGCAAAUUUGAGGAUUGGAUCAUUCCAAUUUUUGACCAGAUGAUGAAGGAACAACUUGAAGAGAAUGUAUUGUGGACUCCAUCAAAGUUAAUUGCACGCUUGGGACGAGAAAUAAAUAAUGGAAGUUCAUACCUCUACUGGGCGUACAAGAACAAUAUUCCUGUCUUCUGUCCUGACUUAACUGACGGCUCCUUAGGGGACAUGCUAUAUUUUCAUUCUUUCCGCAGCCCGGGUCUGAUAGUCGAUGUAGUGCAAGAUAUUAGAGCCAUGAAUAGUGAAGCAGUCCAUGCAAAUCCUAGGAAAACAGGAAUGAUAAUUCUAGGAGGUGGAUUGCCGAAGCAUCAUAUCUGUAAUGCUAACAUGAUGCGUAAUGGUGCCGAUUAUGCUGUUUGUAUAAAUACAGCUCAAGAAUACGAUGGGAGUGACUCAGGAGCCCGCCCGGAUGAGGCUGUUUCAUGGGGCAAGAUACGAGGCUCUGCUAAAACAGUAAAGGUACAUUGUGAUGCAACUAUUGCUUUCCCCCUUUUGGUAGCAGAGACGUUUGCUUCACGAUCGAAAAACUUUCUGGCCUAGUACUUGUUUUUUUCUACGAGACUGCGGAUUCAUCUACUCGUAUUAAUCACAGUGGCCUCCUUAAGGCGGCUAUUAAGCCCAUCAGUACAUCAAGCCCAACUGCCAACCCAGACCCAGCCCAGCGUCCAGGAUCAGACCCAUCUGCUGACCCAAACCCAGCCCGACUCAGCAACCUUAGACAUUAGGGUUUUCAUCUUCUCUUACCCAGCGCCGCAUCAUUCAGACCGUUAGAUCUGGACCGAUCCAACGGUCUAGAUCAAGAGCUAUUUAGGGUCUGAAACCCUAACCAUAGUUCUGAGCCCUAGCUUUUGUCACCGCCUGUAUCCUCUGCUGCCGCCGACUGCUCCCACCUGCACCAACAGUGACCCAAAGCCUAUUCAAGUCAGAAAAUUAGAAGAAAUUAUUAUCCUAGAAAUCUAGGAUAUUAUGACUCUACAUAAGCAAAUUUAAUCCAUCAACAUCAAAGAUCAGAGGGGGACCAUAUAAUUAGAGAGAGGAGGUAUUCGAAAAAAAGAGAAAUAAAAGAGAGAGUACUGGGGGGUUUCCAGAAAAAAAACAAGGAAAAUAUGAGGGGAUUUCGGGGUUUACAAAAAAAGAAAAAGGGGAAACCGAGAGGUUUCAGAGGGGGAAAACGACAAUAUCACAACCAAAAGAGAAAAAAAGAAAAUACAGAGAGAAAAUAGAGAAAAUAUUUGCCUCGGUGUGAAAAACGCCUUGCAUGGCUGUUGGAGUCGAAGAAACCGAAAGGUUUCAUCUUGGAUUCACGGCGUUUGAGCCGUUUUCAGGCCAGGUGGACCCCUGAUCAUUGUUUAGGGCUUUGAGACGUUUCGAUUGGUUCCCGUCUCUUUCUCUUCCGACGCCAGCGUACGGCGACGGUCGCCGGGCAGUGACGGCCGGCACGAUGGAGGCGCUUCAUUCCCAGAGAGUUCUCUGGAA